AUGGGAACAAAUUUAAAAUCAAAUCAAGAUUUUCAUAAUUCUAUAGAUUUUACAUCAAACAUAUCAUCAACAUCAUCGCUAUCACCUAAUAACAACAUGUCAAAAUCUCGUCCUGAAGAAUAUGAAUUAAUUGAAAAGAAUAUCAUCACGUCCCAAGGCGUCGAAGAACUCUUUGAUAAAGUUUUAAAAUUAGUACAACCUCAACAAAGGAAAUUAUCAAUGUCAAUGUCAAUGUCAUUAUCACCAUCAUUAUCAGCUUCUAUAGCCAGAAACAAACCAUUUUUACAAAAGUCAUCAUUAUCAUCGCCCUCUUCUUUAUUAUCAGCACCAACAGAAAUCGACUUUCAAUGUUAUGGUCUUUUUGCUCAAUCAAAUAUAUCAUUAGGGAAUUUCAUUGCAGAGUAUAAAGGUGAAGUUUGUUUAAAAUCAGACUACAAAGAUAAUCCUACAAAUGGAUACAAAGAUCUUGGCACCACGAAGCCAUAUGUUUUAUUUUAUCCAACAUUAGAUUUGUGUGUAGAUGCUCGUCGUUAUGGAACAUAUGCAAGGUUUGUUAGACGUUCAUGUAAUCCUAAUGCUGAAACACGAACAAUGUAUAUUAAUGAUGGUAUAGUUAAAGAUCGCCAAUUACAUUUGGGUAUAUUUGCCAAAUGUGAUAUAAUGCAAAAUCAAGAAAUAACAGUUGGUUGGAACUGGGAUAAUCAACAUGUUGCUCAUAUUUUUAUAAGGAAAGAUGGCGGUGGUGAUGUUGGUGGUAAAGGAAGAGACAACGAUGAUUUAGAUCAAGUCAUUGAUUUAAAUAAAAGGAUUCAAAUGGGUACCGUCGUUUACAAUUUGUUAAAGUUUACAGAAUGUGCCUGUGAAGAUAAAAAUAAUUGUGUUAUUGAGAAAAUGAAGAAUUACGCAAAGAAACCAAAAGAUGAUUUGACUAAAAAUAAAGAAGGUUAUUAUUUUGACCCGCAACAAAGCAAUAAUCCAUAUAAUAAGAGAAAAAUACAAGUUUCAUCUUAUGCAGAUAACAAUAAAAACAAUGAUGACAACGAUCAAGACGAAGAGAUAGAAAUAGAAGAAGGCAGUAAAGAAUCAGAGGUCGUUAAAUCGAUGGAGUUAGAUUAUGUUGACAGAAAUGAAUAUAAUAAUAGAUCAGAGAUGAAAGGAAUUAACAUAGACGAUGAUAAAAAAUCAAAAGGACUUGAUAAUAGUAGUAGUCAUAAUAAUUACAACAAGAUUAUUGAUUUAGAACAUGAUACCGGAGCAAUGCAUUCACAAAGUUCUACUAUUGUUACAACUACUACACCUACAACUGCGAUUAAUAGUGGUAGGAAAUCAAGAUAUGUUUCAUUUAGUAGUCAGUUUCCUUAUUCCACAAAUCCAAAUCAAUCUAAGCCUAAUGCAGACGCUAAAAGUGAGAUUAGUAGUUUAAUUGAUAAAAAUGAAGAGUAUUCAAGUAAAUUAGAUUUUAAACCAUCAUCGAAAAGACGUAAACUAAGUCCCACUAGAGAACCAGUUUUAUUUCCUUCUAAUUUAUCUUCUAUCGAAAAUAAGUAUAUGGAAAUUGUAAAAGAUCAUCAACCACAGCAAUCAAAUAUAAGCAAAACAUCAUCAUCACCUUCAACUUUAUCAACUAAUAUUGAUAUACGUAAUCAAUCAACAACAUCAUCACCUGCAUCUUACACAAACAAUAAUGAUGACGAUGAUGAUAAAUUAAAUUUAAAAAAUACACAAUUAGACUCUUUUAAACACACACAAAUCAAUUUAUCGAAACCAUCACCAAAAACAACUUCAUCGUCAUUACAUCUUGAUACAACUACAAAAAUAUCUAACAUAUUAUCAUCAUCUAAAUCGCCAAUAUUAACUUCACCAACUGUAACAACUUCAAUACCUGAAAUAUCAAAAAAUACUUCAUCAACAUUAUCACCAUCGUCACAAUAUCACACAAAUAAAACUUUCAAUCCAACAAUAAAAGCUUUGCCGUCAACAAUAACGACGGCACCAUCGUCAUCAUCAUGUCGUCAUUUAGAAACAUUAAAAACAACUAACACCUCGCAUUUAAAUAUUUACCCCAAUAAAUCUCCAUCAAUAAAUACCAACAUUUCUAAAAAUUUACAAUCUGACUUUACAAAAUCACAAGAAACAACUACGAAACCAAACAUUACCAUCAACGCCACCACAAAUAAUAAUAUCACAUCUUCUACAGCCAAAACUCAAUCAACUGAAUCCAAGAAAAAAACACUUUCACUUUCAGAAUAUAAACAAAUGAAAGUUCUAACCGGUUCUUCGUUGACUUCGAAAACUGAAGAAUCAAAGAAACCAUUAAUAGAAUCUCAAUCAAACAAUACACCCUCACCAGAUAGUCAAAUAGUUGCAAUGACAAAUGAUGGUUAUUUCCCGGUAGAUUUCAAUAUCGAUCUUCCGAUCACUUCUUCGCAUAUUUCUAAAUCAAAAGACUACUUGCCAACGUCAUAUGAAUAUCACACAUCAAAAGAUAUUGAUUCUAUAAACCAAACUGAAUAUAGGAGAUCUUCUUCCUCCUCUUCUUCAAAACCACCACUAAUAUCUCCACGCGGAAUACCACCACCACGUAGUUAUCAUAAUGGAGGUGGUGGCAGCGGUAGUGGUAGCAGUCAUUACAGAGUUGGAAAGUCAUCAUCAGGUGGCCAUUUUAGAGGUAUGCCUACAUCACCAGGUGAAAGAGGUGGAGGAGGAAGAUAUCAUGGAGGUCUGGGUAAUUUUAAUUCACCAGAUUCGUCACCUGUCACACAAAGACAAAAUCCAGAUGGACAACCAAUACUGUCAUCAACAACUAAUAAUGAUCGGGAUCAAAUUCAAUCAAUUGAUAACAGUGAUUAUAUGAGAUCUAUUGAUGUUAGAGAUAGAGGAUGGGGUACGCAUGAUCGUACUAGAGAAUGGAGAGAACGUGAGAGAGAACGUGAAGAAUGUGGCAAAAGAAAUGAAGAUUAUCGACUUCAAAGGUUCCCUGGUGAUGAUUAUCGUAGAAAUAGAAGAUAG